AUGAGUCCACCGGCACCUCUUGAUGUCGACCUAGUGGGCGUCACCGAUACCUCAGCUGUCCCUGUCCCAGAUCCCUUAACCAUCAAUGGCGUGUCAGCAUGGCGACAGAAGAUGGCCAAGGUCCCCACCGGCGUGGCCGCGCCAUCCAACAGUGACAUGUUCAAGAGUCCGAUCUGCUAUACCAAGCCUAAGGCUAAGCGGUUUGAGCACCGUUUUUCGCUCGAAGCCAAGUCUCGCAAGGCGUCUACUUUGAAGACUGCUGCUCGUUACCUGAAUAACCCAGGCCUUAUUUCUCUCGGUGGUGGACUGCCUUCGCCCGAAUACUUCCCUAUCGAGCACUUGGAUAUUAAGGUCCCGACUGUCCCUGGAUUCUCUCCGGAGGCUACUCGGGAGUCAGGCACGGUUCUUCGUGCUGGAAAGCAGGACAUUAAAGAUGGAACUAGCCUUUACGACUUGGAGAUUGCCCUUAACUAUGGACAAGCUACCGGAGCUGCGCCAUUGCUUCGUUUUGUCACGGAGCACACCGAAAUCAUCCACAGCCCUCCCUACUCCGACUGGCAAUGCACCCUGACUGCUGGCAGCACCUACGCCUGGGACACUGCUCUCCGCUUGUUCUGUGAGCGCGGAGACUAUAUCAUCAUGGAGGAAUAUACUUUCGCCAGUGCCGCCGAGACUGCCUUCCCCCUUGGCAUAAAGGCCGUGGGCAUCCCAAUGGACGGGCAAGGUCUCAUCCCGGAGGAAAUGGACAAAAUCCUCAGCAACUGGGACGUCGCCGCCCGAGGUGCACGCAAGCCUCACGUGCUGUACACCAUCCCAACAGGCCAGAACCCGACUGGUGCCACUCAGUCCGCAGAACGCCGCCGCGGCGUGUACAAGGUCGCUCAGAAGCACGAUCUCAUCAUCGUCGAGGACGAACCCUACUACUUCCUGCAGAUGCAGCCCUAUACCAGCGGGGAUGCCACCCCAUCACUUGUCCCCUCGUUCCUGAGCAUGGACACUGAUGGCCGUGUCGUUCGCCUCGAGUCUUUCUCGAAGGUUAUCUCGCCCGGUUCCCGAGUUGGCUGGAUCGUGGCCUCUGAGCAGAUCAUCGAGCGCUUCCUCCGUAACUUCGAGGUUUCCUCGCAGAACCCUAGCGGUAUUUCCCAGAUUGCGCUCUUCAAACUUCUUGAUGAGCACUGGGGCCACUCCGGCUUUUUGGAUUGGCUGAUCAACCUGCGCAUGUCGUACACUGCUCGUCGUGACUCGCUCGUUCACGCCUGUGAGAAGCACCUGCCCCGCGAAAUCGCUCACUGGGAAGCCCCCGCGGCUGGCAUGUUCCACUGGAUGGAAAUCGACUGGCGCAAGCACCCCGGCGUUGCCGCUGGCAAGACUCACGCCGAAAUUGAAGAAGAGAUCUUCCUUUCCGCUGUGAACGACGGCGUUCUUCUUUCCCGCGGCAGCUGGUUCAAACCCGACCACGACACUGCCGAGGAGAAGAUGUUCUUCCGCGCGACCUUCGCAGCUGCUUCGUCGGACAGGAUUGACGAGGCUAUCUCUCGCUUCGGCCAGGCUCUGCGCACUCAAUUUGGCCUGUAA